AUGGAUUGUUUAAAAAAGUCUUCUCUUUUUUCUUUGCCAAUUUUUUUGUUAUAUUUCUCCAUAAUUUUAUCUUUCAACAAUGGCGUUAAUGCUUCACACAAAGUUUUUCCAGGGUUGCAAUCUACAAGCACGGUUGAUGUGAAAAAUGUUCAUAGAACUGGUUAUCAUUUUCAACCUCCUAAAAACUGGAUCAAUGAUCCCAAUGCCCCAAUGUACUAUAAUGGUGUCUAUCAUCUAUUCUACCAAUACAAUCCAUAUGGAUCAGUUUGGGGAAAUAUUGUUUGGGCCCAUUCAGUUUCAACCGACUUGAUUAAUUGGAUCCCACUUGAGCCCGGAAUCUAUCCAUCCGAAGUAUUUGACAAAUAUGGUACAUGGUCCGGGUCAGCCACAAUCUUACCCAACAACAAGCCCAUUAUCCUCUACACCGGAAUCGUCGAUGCAAAAAAUACCCAAGUCCAAAACUAUGCAAUCCCAGCCAACAUAUCCGAUCCAUUUCUUCGUAAAUGGAUCAAGCCCGAUAACAACCCAUUAAUUGUCGCUGACGUUAGCAUUAACAAGACCCAAUUCCGUGACCCAACCACAUGUUGGUUGGGUCAGGAUGGUUAUUGGAGAACCUUGAUAGGGAGUGUGUGGGGAAAACAAGGAUUGGCAAUAUUGUAUAAAAGUAAAAAUUUCAUGAAAUGGACCAAGAUUCAACAUCCACUUCAUUCAGUUGACGGUACUGGAAAUUGGGAAUGUCCUGAUUUUUUUCCAGUGUUAUUGCAUGGUACAAAUGGAUUGGAUGCCUCAUACAACAAGAAAAAUAUUAAACAUGCUCUUAAAGUUAGUCUUGAUGUUACGAGGUUUGAAUACUAUACAGUUGGUAUAUAUGAUACAAAAAAAGAUAGGUAUAUUCCAGAUAAGACUUCUAUCGAUGGUUGGAAGGGAUUGAGGCUUGAUUAUGGUAAUUAUUAUGCAUCUAAAUCAUUCUAUGACCCUAGCAAAAAUCGAAGAAUUAUGUGGGGUUGGGCUAAUGAAUCAGAUACUGUCAAUGACGAUGUCAAGAAAGGAUGGGCAGGAAUUCAAACUAUUCCCCGCAAAUUAUGGCUUGAUCCUAGUGGAAAGCAAUUGGUCCAAUGGCCUGUCGAAGAAUUAGAAACUCUAAGAGAGCAAAAGGUGCAAUUAAGUAAUCGCAAGUUAAACAAAGGAGAUAAAAUUGAAGUUAAAGGAAUCACACCUGCACAGGCUGAUGUUGAAGUGACAUUUUCAUUUUCAAGUUUGGAUAAGGCAGAGCCAUUUGAUCCCAAUUGGGAUAACCUUUAUGCUCAAGAUGUAUGCGCCAUUAAAGGCUCAACGGUGCAAGGGGGACUUGGGCCAUUUGGGCUCUUAACUUUGGCUUCUCAAAAUUUGGAAGAAUAUACGCCAGUAUUUUUCAGAGUUUUUAAGGCCCAAGAUAAAUAUAAGGUUCUCAUGUGCUCUGAUGCCUCAAGAUCAACCCUCAAGAAUGAUAAGACAAUGUACAAGCCAUCAUUUGCUGGAUAUGUAGAUGUAGAUUUAACAAACAAGACAUUGUCUUUGAGGAGUUUGAUUGAUCACUCAGUAGUAGAAAGCUUUGGUGCCGGAGGAAAAACAUGUAUCACAUCAAGGGUUUAUCCGACAUUAGCAAUUUAUGAUAAUGCACAUCUAUUUGUCUUUAAUAAUGGGACAGAGACUAUCAAAAUUAAGUCAUUGAAUGCAUGGACCAUGGGUAAACCUAAGAUGAAUUGGUCAUUUGGUCACUCUUCUUAUUGA